UUAAUUGAACUGAAGUUUCAACAUUAAAAAGUUAUAUUUUGAAAAUUGUGUUGGAAUAAAAAAAAAACCAAAGAUUUUUAUAAUUUCACAAAAAAAAGUGUUGUAAGUUGUAAACAAUUAGAAAAGUAAAACCUAUUAGACACGUGGUCAAAGUUGCCAAUUACAAAUAAAAUAUUGAAAUGGCUGAACAAGUGGAACAAUCACAACAAGCUACACAGCACCUCAACAAUCAACAAAAUGACGCGCGUAAAAUACGCAAAUCACCGGAAUUUCAAGCGAUGCCCAAUAUCACACCUGGCGCCAUACUCAGAGAACGCAGUUUUGUGCGCACCUCCAAUCAACAGAAUAUCAACAAAAGGCGUAGUCUUGCUUUCAAUGUGCAAACUGGUGCAAAUCAACACGGGCAAAUACGUGGAAAACCUGCUAUAGACAUCUAUAGACCACCGAAUGUUCGCAAUGAUGGCGCCUCUUCACCGGCAGCCUUGAACAGGUUAAACAUUAAUGCCCAGGAGUUUUCAAUGGGUAGCUCGAAUGCGACGCGCACCACACCUCCACGUGGAGAUGCAAAUAGGGCUGGAGAUAGUCGUUCGUCGGCGGUCAUCUACCCAACGACAUCUUCGCCACAAGGUUUAGUGCCACAAUCCAAAUCAUCGGUGGCACUGCAUCAGCAAAUGCAAUAUAUGGCAGCCACAAAUGCGAUGGCCAAUCGUCGCCAGGCUGGACUCUCACUUGGCAGCAUGCCCAUGACAACUAAUCCGAUCGGCAAUAAGAUGCAUCACGUCGGCGCUCAUCGUCCCAUUUUGGUUACGCAUUCACAUCCAAUGGCCGUGAAUCGGUUUUCUGGUGGUGUUGCACAACAAAUUCCGCUGAUUAACUCGCCAUCCAGUGGCAAUAUAUUACACCAAACAGCGAACACGAAUCGUGUGAAAUUUGCCAAUGAACCGCACAAACAUCACAGCCACAAGAACGGACAAAAUCAUCUUAGUCACGACUAUCAACAGCAGCAACAACAAUUGAAUGCCAUGUCGCAAUAUGCCGCCGCCAAUGGCAUAAGCGAUUCGUAUAUAAAUGUUAGUCCACUACAGCGUUCGAAAUCUCUAUCUUCCGCGGACGCAUUAACACGUGGCAUUGCUGGCCUUGGUUUGGCUUUGGGCAAUGAGGUCACCGACAUCGGUCAGUUCAGCCCUGAGAUACAGGCGUUGAUCGACACGGCUUUGGACGAUCCCAAUAAAUUGAAUUCGCGUGCACUUAUGGAACUGACGUCACACUUCAUUAAACGUGCUGUUGAAGGUCGCCGCUAUGCGUUGCCCAUAUCACGUCUCUGUCUUAAUAUUAUAGCUAAGGAACAGAAGGAGACUUUCUUGGAAGCCCUAUUGAAUACAUGCCGACAGUGGUAUCAGGAGCGUGAAAAGUUACUAUACUCCAUACAAGGCAUGAAAUCACCUUCCCGUCUACGCUUUACCGCUUUUAUGGCUUUCCUUACGGAAAUGUUCUGCCAGCUGAAGCGUCGUCAAUUACAACUUCGUACCCAACGUGAAGGUGCACCGCCGCCAUUGGUCCUACUUACGUUACUCUCCAAAUGCUGCGAAGACUGUGUCAUGCCACCAGUGCGUUCGCUAUCCGAGAUUGAAUGCCUUUUCUAUGUUCUAACCUGCAUCGGGCAAGAUAUGGAAUUGCAACUGCCACAACAAUUGGAAUUGCUCUUGUCGCUGGUGCGUGAUGCUUUCUUGAAUGCAAGUGAUGCCGCACCGGCCAUCCGUCGCACCUUGUUGCAAUUAAUUGAAUUACAGGCGUCACACUGGCAAUUGCCCGGAAACACUGUCUUAUACUACUAUCCAUCGGCAAAGUAGUGAAAAGGCCAACAAAACAACUCACAACUCAACUAACACUUGAACCAGACUCAACUUUUGUUCGCAUACUCUUCUUGAAACUGAAACUGAAAUUUAAACUGCUCAGUAUGCCGUAUGCGGCGCAGCGGCUUCGUGUCCACGCAAUCAUUUCAAAUUUUUAUUAUGUACUCGUACACUGUAUGUGGCACUUUACUGUUAUAUUAAUACUUAUACAGUUGUGCCUGUUAUUAUAUUUAUUUUUAUUAUGAAAUAAGACAAGAAAGAAUAUUUUUUUGUGAAAGCAUUUACUGAAAAUGAUGCAAAUUGUAUUAAAACAAGCAACGCGUUUGCGCUGACUUGUGAGUAGAAAAGCCAACAUUAGUAGUAAUUUUAGGCUGACUAUGCACACACAUACACAUACAUAUAUUAUAUAUUAACCGUAAUUUGGCAAACGUACUAACCCUAAAGAUAGUCAGAACACAGACACAGAAUGACAUGACAUCAAUAAAAAAAAAACUCAUUGGAAAACAAUUUCUACAUUUUUAUUAUGUAGGAAAAAAGAACGCAAUUUUAUUUUCUUAAAUAAGUGGCAAUAAGUUUCGGAACAUUUACAUGCACUCACGCAAAUGUACUGUGGCAGACUUCAAUUAUUAUACAAUAAUAUCAUAAGUGUUUUUUGUCAGUGCAACUUUAUACACU